UACAGCGCACCCAGGACGCUCAUUACACAUGAGCCAGAGGGGAAUCAAACGUCUCAUAAAAGACCACCGCAUCUGUCGCAUCGGACUACACACUACCUGACUUUUCCCCUCUUGAGCUAUCAGACAGUGUACACAAGAUCCGAUUGAGCCAACUUCAAGCAAACUCGCAAGACAGUAACGAAGUUUAAUCUACACACACACACAAGGCAUAAUGUCUUCUAAACCCUGCAACCCAACAACAAGCCACGUGGCGCCCUUCCUCUCUGCCGAGACGGAGCGCGUCAGCGCAUUGCCGCAGGUGGAGAAGGAGCACACACCCCAGGACGACCUGCCGCCGCCGUAUACAGCUAUCGCGACGACAUCCACCAGUGCAGCUGCAGCUGCCCAACCGGGCGUAGUAACAUCAGAGAGCGGCUUUGACUGUCGAGCAAAGCAGUUUAUGACAGCGAGAGCAUCAAUCGCAGAACACAGAUUGCAGCUGCAGCAACUCCGGAAAAGGUUGACUCAGACCAUCAAGCAACUGCAGAAUGAGUACGUCGCAAACGUCAAGAGCAUAAAAGCGGAGGGUGUCCUGCCGGCUGCUCCUGCUCCUUCCACUUCUUGGGGUGGAUGCACAGUGCGAAGCGGCAGGGGUUGCACUGGGAGGCGACAUCACGGCCGAGAAAGCGUGCAAGAAACGCUACAUGCGUCAGUCCGCGCCGCUACAGCGAACCUGCAACAACACGUCCAGGCGCAGACGCGCGGCUUCCACGACAUGGUGAAGGUGCUCAAGUCGGACGACGCGCUUGGGCGCCACAAGAGGAAGGAGCUCAGGCAAGAAGGCAAGAGUGAGGCAAAGCAGGCGAAGCGGGAGACUAGAGGACUGAGGAGGGCCGCGAAGCAAGAUUGGGACCUCGCCGCGCACAUGGAAAACCCUUCUUUCAAGGGUUGAGAGAGAAGUUGGGAAUUGUGUUUAUGAAUUGUAAUCACUACUUCAGCUCCUGCGCAACGUCUUCCCAACUUUUGCCGUCUGCCAGAGCUCGUACUUGCGAUUCAGACAGGCCUUCAAGCCGCUUUUCAAGGUAGUCCACCUGUACAUGGGAGUGCGACAUGUGAUGUUUAGCUCAGGUACAUCGCGUUGGA